AUGACGAGCGAAGACGACCUGCACCUGGUGAUUUGUGAAAUUGAUCGGCAGCUUCACGUCCUAUCGGAACAGACAGACAGCACCAACAUUACUUUGCCCGAGAAGGUGGUCAUCAGAUUACCAGAAGACGGCAAUGGAUACGGUGACGGACUGAAGAGACUGCGCAAAGUCGUCCUCGACUUUCCGAUUGACAAUGGCCCACCUGUAGAGCCCGAAAAGCAUCGAUUCUCUGCAGAUCUCUCAUCAUUUCUUUGGAAGAUCCUAGCCUUUAGCUCUCCAUCCUUGUCAUUCAUUCAACCCGAGAUCAUGUUACAAAAGGAACUUGCAAUGUGCGUUAUCCGGCGGCAAGGCAACGACAUACUCGAAUCUACUUGCGAUAGCAGGGUUGAGUCUGCUCUUUCGACAUGGGCAAGUCGAGAGAAAUCAAGUAUCAUCCUGAUCCGUGGCUCCUCGCAGUCUACCAACUCGCUCAGAUAUCUAAGCUGCGAAGUUGUGAAUCAGCUUCUUUCCCAGGGAUACGCCACGGCAUGCAUCCUAAAUAAUGCAGAUAUCAGAGAGCACUUCAAGGACCUUGGUGCUGGUGAAGUUCUGCGGCAAAUUGCUUGCCAGGUUCUGAGAACGGUAUCCGCUAACUUGACAAUGUCGCUGUUCACCGAGAUCCUACGACAAUUUCACGCCGCUUCCACAGACAAAGAUUGGUUCUGUAUAUUGGAACUUAUGAUGCGAAAGUUGGCAUCUCUUUUUAUUGUAAUUGAUGCUUCCGUGUUGCAAAACGUUGCUACGGUUGCGGGGCUGUGGAUGGCAGAAUUCGACGACAUAUUCUCCCGACUGGCGAAUACAAGCACUGCUUGCGUCAAGAUUAUGAUAUCGACCAACAGGAAAAUCGAUAUUGCGUCCAAAGAACGCAUGCACGCUCACAUCGAGGCUAGCAUUAGUAGAGGCCUCCCCGAGAACACAUCUAGACUUACCCAAAGCCAACGACGCAUAAGGCUACCACUGCCUUUUUUUAGUCCGAUAGCAGCGCGAGUCGGAUACGAAAUUGACACCAAAGUGUCGCCCCAACAUCCCGACGAUGGCGGCGAGAGUAUCAAGGGAUCAAGGCAGCCAUUAAAGGACGACGCGCAAUGUUGUGGAGGCAACACAUCGCAUUCUUCCGUCAUGUUCAAGCAGAGUGAUAUUAUGCCUCUGAACGUACAACCAAAAGAUGAGAAGAUGAUCUUAAAUGUAGUCAGCCCGGCUGAAGCUGAUCAGUCUAUGCGACAUUUUCGCAUGAUGCAUCCCAUAGAGUACCAGCGACGGCAAGAAGUUCAUGUUGCCAUCAUGUGUGCGCUAUCAUGGGAGGCUGAUGCUGUUGAAGUUCUUUGCGACCACGUAUAUGAUGUGCACGAUUUUGGCAACGCACCGGGCGACUCGAACAUCUACAGCGUGGUUCAGAUAGGUCGCCACAGGGCGGUCAUUUUGUAUAUGCCAGCCAUGGGAAAGAGCAGCGCGGCAGCUUCUGGGAUGAAUUGUCUACACAGCUUCCCAAAGAUUCGGCUUACUCUUCUUACGGGUAUUUGUGGCGGUAUACCUUCCCCCUAUACGGGUGCCGAGAUCCUCCUAGGCGACGUGAUAGUCAGUGACAGACUUGUUCAAUACGACUAUGGCCGGCAAUUUCCAGAAGGGUUCAAAAGGAAAGACACCAAUCUCGACAAUGCCAGGAAGCCUUUACGCAGUAUCGCUGCUUUUUUAUCAAAAUUGAAGACCCGGGUCGGAAGUGACAGACUCUCGACCAGAAUGUACGGUCAUUUGCACAGACUGCGCACCAAGUCUCAGUAUGGUCAAUGGGCCACCUAUCCAGGCAUUUCCAGUGACGUUUCCUUUGAAGCGACAUAUCCUCACAAGCAUCAUAACGGAGAUUGCGAAGAAUGCGACACCUCCACGCGUUCAGUCUGCGCUGCCGCACGAGAGACUCAUUGCGCAUUGCUUGGUUGCGAUGCGCAGAGAACAAACAGUCGCAAGCGCCAUCAGGUUGCCCUACAGGCCUCAGUGGGAUCUCAUUGUAUCCAACCAGCCGUCCAUUUUGGAGCUUAUGCAUCAGGCGACAUAGUCAUGAAGUCAGGUGAAGAUCGAGAUAAGAUAGGUCGCCGCGAGAAGGUGAUUGCGUUUGAGAUGGAAGGAGCCGGAGUUUGGGACGACAUGCCGACAAUCAUUGUCAAAGGUGUCUGCGAUUAUGCCGAUAGCCACAAGAACAAGGAUUGGCAGAAGUAUGCUGCUACAACAGCAGCAGCAUGUGUCAAGGCAUUGCUGGAAGAUUGGCCAACCCAGCCUCAGCGCUUACUGGAUGUGGCAUAG